AUGCUCCGCUCGGACCGUCGUAUCUCCUCGGAACGUGCUGGCUCGAUGCUGCCCGUUCAUCACAUACCGGAACAGGACACACCGAAGAUGAAGAUGAUACCGUGGUUCCACCUGAUAGCUGAUGUGGAGAACACCCUAUCAGCUCACACCGAGUCGACGAUCCGAGACCAGACGAGAUGCCAGAUUAUCAACAAGAUCCAAAACUUCAUCAACCGUAACACUCCAUUCAACGAUCCACUGUCAAAGUUCUGUAAAUCGGCCGUCAACAUCACCAAGAAGUUUAUCAAAACAAACCCAGAUGUUUUGAUCACCGAAGCAGACAAGGGCAAUCGUACCGUCAUAAUGAGCUUGGCAGACUACGACAGUAAGCUCGCUCAGCUGAUCGGAGACACCAACACGUACAAGCAGGUGAGCUCUGAUCCGACGGGUGGAUACGAACGGAAAAACAACAACAUCGUACACAGACUACACGCACUAAAACUAAUAGACACCCGAACAAAAUACACACUCACUAGCUACAACGCCGUGUGCCCUCGAAUAUACGGACAACCCAAAGCACACAAGCCCAAUUUACCUCUCAGGCCAGUGGUCCCCAACACAACGUCUCCAACGUACCAUCUUUGCAAAUACAUUGCCGGUAUACUCCAGAGAUCGUUCAAAAGCCAGUACAACGCGGUUGACUCAAACACGUUUUGCGAACAUGUCAAUCAACUAACGAUACCACCCGAUCAUGUGCUAGUGUCAUUCGAUGCGGUGUCACUGUUUACAAACGUGACGAAAGAGGUGGUUAUCCACGACAUAAUUUCCAUGUGGGAUGAAAUACGAGAGAACACCAAUAUAAAUUUGGAUCUUUUUCUCGAAAUUGUUGAUUUCUGCGUAGGAGCCAGUUGCUUUUGUUUCCGGCAAAAAUUCUAUGUCCAAAUAUCAGGCACAGCUAUGGGAAGUCCACUCUCUCCCAUUCUUGCCGACAUAGUAAUGGAGAAUUUGUUGAGAAGAGCAAUAACAGCGGCCAAUAUUCUACCAGAGUAUAUCCGCAAAUACGUUGACGACCUGUUCUUGGUUUUACACAAGGAUCAGGUGAAUGCGGUGUUGGCAACCUUCAACUCACAAAACCCGAGAAUUUUGUUCACGUGUGAAGUUGAAGAAAAUGGGCGACUACCAUUUCUCGAUCUGCUAGUAAUACGGCACGAGGAUGGUAGCGUUAAAACCGAUUGGUACGCCAAACCAAUAUCAUCCGGCAGGAUUCUCAACUACUACUCCUUCCAUCCGAGCGAUCAAAAACUGGCGGUAGUCAACAAUUUCAUCGACAGGGUCCGUAGGUUGAGCACCACUCGCAGCAGGGAAGAGCAAGAGCUACUCAUUCACCAGCACCUCAGCAAAAACGAUUACCCUCAUUCUCUCAUCAACCGACUCCUUCAUCAACCACCUCGUACAGACAACCCGGAAAAACCAACAAUCUACCGAUCAAUCCCAUAUGUCCAUGGUCUCAGCUCUAGCAUCAAGAGAAUACUCCACAAGAGCAACACACAAAUAGGAAUCUCCCACAGCUACAAAAACACACAAAUGCAACGUCAUAUACCGGAUCGACUGUCGGGAUUGUCCAAGCACAUAUAUUGGGAUGACAACAAAUAA